AUGGAAGGUUCCUCAAACUCCAACUCUAGAGGAUUCAAUACCUCUGGUGUUUCUGACAGGAACACUGAGCUCUUACCCUCUGAGAGAAUCACAGCUCGUUCGAAGCCUCCCUCUCAUGUUGACGAGUAUGUAAGAAGCUUGUUUGGUAGUAGCACACACAAACCCUGUGAAGAAGACUCUUUAGGGAUUGACCCUUUUGUUAGAUCAUUGGAAUGGGGUGAUGUUAGCUUGAGGCAGUGGCUGGAUAAACCAGACCGAUCUGUAGAUGUUUUUGAGUGCUUGCACGUUUUCAGACAAAUCGUGGAGAUUGUGAACGCGGCUCACUCUCAAGGCAUCGUUGUUCAUAAUGUCAGGCCAUCUUGUUUCGUCAUGUCGUCGUUUAACCAUGUUUCGUUCAUUGAGUCAGCUUCUUGCUCGGACUCCGGCUCUGACUCGCUGGAGGACGGUCCAAUUAGCCAGAAGGAAGUUGGUAGCUCGAGAAGAGAGGAUGCUGUGUCUAAAGCUGUUUCGGUAGAAGAGAAAGGAGCCUAUAAUAAGAUCUUGGAGAGACAUAUAGAGAAACUAGAGGAAGAGAAGAAGCAACCUUUUCCGAUGAAACAUAUAUUAGCAAUGGAGACAAGUUGGUAUACAAGCCCUGAAGAGGAUUUUGGUUCUCCAAGUACUUGUGCUUCAGAUGUUUACCGUCUUGGCGUUCUUCUUUUCGAGCUAUUCUGCCCUGUGCCUUCAAGAGAAGAGAAGUCAAGAACUAUGUCCAGUUUAAGACAUCGCGUACUUCCGCCUCAGAUAUUGCUCAAAUGUCCAAAAGAGGCUUCUUUCUGCUUGUGGCUACUGCAUCCCGAGCCAAGUUGUCGACCGUCAAUGAGUGACUUGCUGCAAAGUGAGUUUAUAACCGAACCAAGAGAUAAUUUGGAAGAGCGUGAAGCGGCCAUAGAGCUUAGGGAUAGAAUCGAGGAACAGGAGUCGUUACUCGAGUUCUUGUUAAUGAUUCAACAGAGAAAGCAGGAAUCUGCAUUUAGGUUGCGGGAUACGAUUUCGCUUCUUUCUUCCGACAUUGAGCAAGUUGCGAAGAGACAACUGAUUCUGAAGAAAAAGGGAAGCUUAUACUCUGAUUUCAGUAAAGACGAUCAUCAUCAAUCUGCUUCUGGUCAGCAGCAGCCAUUGAUGAGCUUCCCUUCAAACGAAGAGCCUUCUACAUUGUUGGCCUCAAGAAAACGGUUUAGACAAGUGCUUCCCCCAGCGGAAACUGAUGUUGAUGAUGUUGACGAGGAGAGUGAAGGAAGCACACUUCUUGAAAGCUCCCGGUUGAUGAGAAAUUUCAAGAAACUAGAAACUGUCUACUUUCUCACUAGGCGCAGGCAAAUGAAAGCUGCUGCUUUGGGGAAAUCAUUAACUAGACAUUCUCCUUUGAGUAGUGAAAAUGGAAGAGGCUCCAUGAUCGUCUCUGAUAAAAGCUCCGUAAGCAACCCCGUGGCACCUAAAGAUUACUACAGCAAUGAUCCGAGACAAGGCGGGUGGAUAGAUCCAUUUCUUGAGGGUUUGUGCAGAUAUUUAUCAUUCAGUAAGCUCAGAGUGAAAGCAGAUUUGAAACAAGGAGAUUUGUUGAACUCUUCUAACCUCGUCUGCGCACUUGCUUUUGACCGAGAUGGAGAGUUUUUCGCCACUGCAGGCGUCAACAAGAAAAUCAAGAUAUUCGAGUGCAACUCCAUCGUGAACAAUAACCGGGACAUUCACUAUCCGGUUGUGGAAUUGGCCGGCCGGUCAAAGCUUAGUAGUGUAUGUUGGAACAGCUACAUAAAGAGUCAGAUUGCAUCAAGCAACUUUGAAGGCGUAGUUCAGAUAUGGGAUGUUGCAAGAAGCCAGUUGGUUACAGAGAUGAAGGAGCACAAGAAGCGAGUAUGGUCCAUCGACAUUUCAUCAGCAGACCCGACUUUGCUGGCUAGCGGAAGCGAUGAUGGAACCGGAGUCAGCAUUGGAACCAUCAAGACAAAGGCUAAUGUAUGUUGUGUCCAGUUUCCAUCAGACUCGGGCCGGUCUUUAGCAUUCGGUUCUGCAGAUCACAAAGUGUAUUACUACGAUCUUCGGAACCCCAAGAUUCCUCUGAGCACAAUGAUUGGUCACAGUAAGACAGUGAGUUAUGUCAAGUUUGUAGAUUCAUCCACUCUUGUGUCUUCUUCUACUGAUAACACGCUGAAGCUUUGGGAUUUAUCGAUGUCUGCUUCUGGGAUUAACGAAACCCCUCUUCAUUCAUUCUCUGGACACACUAAUUUAAAGAACUUUGUUGGAUUAUCGGUCUCUGAUGGGUAUAUAGCUACAGGCUCAGAGACUAACGAGGUCUUCGUGUACCACAAGGCAUUCCCAAUGCCAGUGAUGUCGUACAUGUUCAGCAACACUGAUUCCGCGUCUGGUCUAGAAGUGGACGAUACCUCACAGUUCAUAUCUUCGAUCUGCUGGCGAGGACAGUCGUCUACGUUAGUCGCUGCUAACUCCAGUGGCAACAUCAAGAUUCUGGAGAUGAUGGCUUGA